GGUCGCAAGACGCGUACGCUGAGCACCACUUUACACAUAUAACCCUCCACCCUAUUUUGGUUGUUGUUGUUUUGGAGGCUUUUCCAUCGCAACACUAUAGACUCCUACAGCUAUUCGUCCGGGCUACGCACACCACCUACAUAGAGAUGCCCGCGACGACUGCAGCACCGUACACAGCCGAUAGACACAUAUUUUCUCCUCAUUCAUAAUAAUACGACUAACUGAGUUCUUUCUGAUACAUUGAAGGCGUAUUUCGGGGGGAUUCUGGUCUCCGUCGUGAUGGGAUGGCAGACAAGGCAGAUGGUGCUGUCAGCGUCCGCAAGAACAUCCACGGCCAACGUGAAGCCCCUCACCACAGCGCAUCGUCUCCCUUGUCUCCUCCGCCACCGCUACGACCAGUGCCACGGCUCAUCUCCCUCAACUACACGCUUGUCUACCGCUUCUUACCAAUUCGUCAGCAACAAUCGCAGCAACCAGCUUUUUCAACUCCACAAGGUCUUCACCAUGACAGAAGCGUCGUCGAGCUGGCUUUGUUGGCCAAGGAGCAGCGCCAGUGUCACGGCAGCGCAGCGGCAGCAGCCGAUGCGCUCGCCUUCUCGGAUGACGUCUCGCCGGCUGAGAUGCACGCCUUUUACUCUUAUCCGACGAACACCGCUUUCUUUCCAUCUCCUACGUAUUUACCCCUCGCGCAUCACCCGGUCUUUGUGCACCGCUGCCCACGUCUGCGAUGCCAUGUGUUUGAUGUUGUGUGUCACGAUAAGGGCGGUGAAGGAAGAGCACGUGGUCGCAGUGAAGAUGAGAACGAAGUGGUGUUGAAGCGGCAUCAGCUGUUGAUGGAAGCGCUGAGACUGGCCGUCACGGCGCACACAGGCGACGCAGUCUGCGCAGGCGUCCACGGCGACGACGACGCCAAGGUGGAGAGCAGGGCAGAGCUGGAUCUUGUCCGUGUGGGCGAGCACCUCCACUGCGUCGUUUCGAAGUUGCUUCCACUGUCCAUGCUGUCUUCGCGGAGUCUCGGGCUGACCAUGACAUCAUCGCCCGGUGCACACGUCCGCCCUAGCAGCACCGACCCUCCGUCUGCAGGGGCCGCAUCUCCUGUCAAUCUGCAUUGGUCUUGGGUGGAAGGUCCUCGCAUGGAGGCGGAUACUAAUGCGCAAGGCGGUAGCUCGCCAGCAACGUUUCCAGCGUCGCGGGGCACACCACCGUCGUCGAGCACGGCGCUUCACGCCACGCGCUUCGAGUAUCUGUGGCACUACUGGACAGCCUGUGUAGACGCGAGCGAAGGCGCCGGUGAUGGCAGCGAGGGCUUGCGUCAAGGGGCAAUCGACGAGUACUCCGUGUGCAGUGACGCAUCUUCCGUGUAUCGACGUCUGCACGCGUACGCCCAACGAGCGAGGCGUCUGUUUUUCAACGACGUUACGAAGCGCCUUGCGGCAACAGACGAGCAGCAAGCGGCCGAGCAGCUGCUUUGUGCGCUGCUCGCAGUGCUCACGGAGGCGCUGCUGCAGGAAGCGUACUGGGCCUCGCCGCUCACGCCGCUCCGCCUUCACGACCCUCAUGUUCUUAAUCGAUACCUGUGCGUUUGGUUCACCUUUGUGGGCCUCGCGGUGAGUACAAGUGAAGAUGUAAUGCAGAUUCAAACACAGGUGCAAGCCAUUCUGCUCACCCCGUUUGCGUCAGAUGAGGAUGGUAGCAGCAGCAGCGGCGAUGGCAUGUCUCAAAGCCAGUACGCUGCACCUAUGCAAGCGCGACUGCGAGGUGUCUGCCAGUGGAUCACGACGAAGAUGCUGUCUCUUGUUGUUCAGUGGAUGCCGUCGACGUUGUUGACGGCCGCACCGCCAUCGCCUUUGGCGAUUGAGUUGAAAGAGACACAUCUUCUGUUCCGAAGUGCUGUCGCACCCGCGCAGGGCAACAGCGGAUUCACCCCCUGCCUUUACACGUUACCGACUCUGUCAAACGGGGAAUACGGACGUGCAGCCGUGCCGUCGUCUCACACGAGUGCCACACACUUACGUGGCCUGCUCGACCGACUGUGGGAGUGCGUCGCAGGCGAAGGUGUCUCGCCAGAGAUCAACUCUACCUCUCAAAAGAUGAAGUGUCCACGCGUCGUCGCUGUCCUUUCACAUGAACUCUUCACCCACACGGCCCAUCAUCGUCAUCAUCAUGGCGUGGUGGUGUGCCGGCUGCACCUUGGAGCGUCACUCCACAGCCGUCUCGUCUCGCCUCCGCAAGCUGCCCGGCCGCAGUCGAGUCGUUUGGGCAUGUGUGUCGUACGCAGUCCAGUGGCAGCAUUGCUCAGCUGGUACGCGAUCGACUUCGAAGACGUGUUCCGUCAGUCCUAUCGAUGCUGGGCACUGGCGCGGCGCUACGGCGUUCUUCCCUCUACGAGUGCGAGCACCACCAUUGGCGACAAUGAGCAUAGCGAAGGUGCGCGACGCUUCCAAGGAUGCAGCACUGUGGACCCCGCCAUCGUGUGUUACGCGAGAAUUAACGCCGUGCGUGCAGAGGAGCGUACUGUUAAAGAUGCGUACGUUGGCGCUACCAAUAGCUCUUCCUCCGUUGUGGUCGACAGCACAGGAACAGCGGCGGCUGUUACUCCUGUAUUGGGUUUGCUAGGACGCUGUCUGCUGCUGGGGCUGUGGAUGAUGCUGAAGCUGACGGACGUGGAUCUGGAAGAUGGGGAAGGGGAUGUCGAUGUCGGUGGCACGAGGGAGGACGACGGUACUUCACCAUCCGUGUCAACCCGUGGCACGUUGUUUUACUCCAGUCGACGCAACAUGCUCUUUGCGCGAGACUGGCAGACCGUCCACCAACUCCACCACGUGCUUCGGAGCACCUCUGCGGGGAUCGCCAGCGACACGCAGGUGCCCACUUCACAGCAGUUCACGGAAACGUCGACCUCAAAAGCCAAAGGAAGGGGAGAAAACGAAGUCGUGCGAGCAGCGGCCACAACGACUCUACAUGCCUUUCUGCGUGCGCGUCUCGCACAGCAGCAAACCCGCGAGCGACAUCGGCAGGUGGCGGCCGCAGCUCUGCAUCGGCGCUGGCAGAGGGGGCACCAACGACGACGACAGCAGCAACAGUUCCAUGAUGAGCGAAUGGAUAGCCGCAAGCUUGAUGGAGCAGCUCGCCUGACGGACAACGUAUGUCAGCGUGAGACGGCACCAAACCUCGCCAACGUAAUAGGAGCGGAAGAACAAGAAGACGAAGAAAGCUGCGUUCUGUUGCACUGGAGUGCGGUGGAGGACGCCUCCGUUUCUUCCAUCGACUCCUCAGAAGCAGCAUCCACUCCGGCAGCUGUGCCCGACGCACGUGCAUCCGUGAGCUCCGUAUGCACAGGCAGCCUCUCAGAGAGUGCCACACCGGUGCGAGACUUGGCUGCUGAGACGUCUUUUCUCGUCUCCGCUAACGAUUCCGUUGUGGACGAAAGCGUAGCGGCACCUCCGCUGUCCCUCGCGUCUGCAUCGGCAGAAUUGUUGUCCGCCUCAACAUCCUGUUCCGCGUCCCCCGAGUUGCCUCCUCCAGCUUCUCCGUCUCUCUCCCUCGGGCAGCGCCAUUUAUUUGACCUCGAAGCACAUGAGCGCGCGUUGCUGCGGCGGAUGGCGCUGUCCGAAGUCUUGUGGCUGACGAGCUUGCUGGAGUGCGUCGGACGACGUGCGCACGAGGAAGGCGAAGGACGAGAUUGGCAGGAACUCGUGCAACAAGAACAGGGACGCGCCCAGCGCCUGCAAACGCUACAGGUGGCACAACAGAGAAGCAAUUCGGCGAACAUCUUCUUUUGUGAGGUGCAGCAGCUUCACAAGGAUGAAUGCGUCCCUGUCGCAGCGUUGUUGUCUGCACCGCCAGCAGCGCAGACCGCCGCCCUCGAAGCGUCACAACUCGUGCAGUUCGUGAAGAUGCUGUCCAGCAGCGAGGAGCGGGCGAGAGACGCCCUACAGCACUCGGAAGGUCGCUUGCGAAGUCACAUGCACACGGAACACCUGCGCUGUGGUGCACGCAUCGUGGUCUCGAACGAAGAAGCGCGGCAGCGACGUUUCCUGGAUGAGAGCUGGGCGCUGGAGCAGCAGGAGUGGCAGGUGCGCUGGAGCACCGUCAUGUUGCCGGAGUGCGUGUUGCGUGACCUCUACCGGGAUGCCUUUCGCGACGAGCAACCAACGAGGCAGUCUUGCAGUCCAUCCGGCAGUGCACCGGCGAAGACGACGCGACACGUGCUGUCCAACACACCGACCGCCCUUGUCUCAUCAGUUGCCAAGACUCCGUUCACUCCAUCCUCCCGUCCGACUUCGACUGCGCAGCGCCAAGUAUCGACGGUUGUCGAGGCCGCGAAGGCUCACCGCGCUUUCCUUCUUCAAGAGGAGGAAAACGCCGACGAUGACUCGAAGGAGAACCGCGAGAAGCGAAGGCCUCUCCUCCAGCCAGUGCUGUCGCAGCCGUCGCGUCGCGCUGCGCCUGCCAUGUCACGAACACGGAAGGAUAGCAACAACAGCGCCUCUCCUUUAUCAGCGCAUCGAGGGCGCAGGCAGCAACAGCAGUCACCACCACCGCCCUUUUCGUCUUGCCGUUUAACGCCACCGCUAUUAACGGUGGGGACUCGCCCUGUCCAGACCAAGUUCAGCCAAACAAAGGGCGUCCCUGUUGUAUCGAUCUCCCUGUGCACGAGUGAGGGCGACGACACCCCGCUGCGUGCGCGCGAUGUCAAUCAGCUGCCCGACACGACGGAGAAAGCGCCUGCUUUGCCGAACUCCAUUGUCGUUGAGAAGAGCUCCCGCAGCGCCGACUUUGCGACGGCGGACCUUGGCGGCACGCCGAGCCGGCGAGUCGAUCCAGCGGUACCUCCGCCGGCAGUGGCUGCUGCGUCAUCGUCCGUCGCGCCACGCGGUUGGUGGUACGUCCCGUUGAACGGCGGCGAUGGAGGUAAGGAGGAGAAGGAAAAGGCAGACGCUACGUGCGACUCUGCGAAGCCAGGCCCCGCGCGGUGCCGCACGAGUCGGCCCUGCCCUCGCGGAGGCGGGUCGAUCCGGCACAGCGCGCCGCCGAAAAUGAAGAUCGCGAGGGAGCUGGGAAGCAAACGAAGCGCCAUGCUUUUUCUCAAGAAAAGCGUUCACGCUUCUCUUUCCUCUGGAGCGGACGGCGCCGGAAGUCGAGCGACGCUUACGAGGGAGCACAAGGCAGAGGCAGAGCACGACGUGGCGUCCGCCGUUGCCUCGGCAAUCGCCCUUGCACGUGACAACGGGGCCGAUGAAAGCAGCUCCGCGGGUGACGCUCGCGCCUUUUCUUAUUAUACGCAGUCAUUGCACAGCGCAUCCGAGGAAAAGGAAGCGCUUCCUGAUCGUCUGCCAAAGCCCCGUCGCAGGCGCUACGUGACGUGGGCCGAUGAUGUGCAAGAGUUCUGA